AUGCCCUCACCUCUUGGUUUGGAAACUGCUCUGCUGCUGACGGAGCUGCUCUUCAGAGUGAGGAGGAAGAUCAUCGGCCCCCCUCCGACCCCUUUGGAUGACAUCUACUUCUGCAACACUCUCAUCCCAUCAGCUUUCGUCACAGUGCAGCCUCAGCAUGUCAGCUGUGUAUAUAAGGGCAGCCGACUCUGUGAAGGAACAGCAGCAUUCAGCCGUCCAGGUGACUUUCUACAGUCCAACACUGUCUGCAGACACAAACCCAGAGUGACCAUGUACAUCACCGAGCUCCAAGUGUCUCUGAAUAAAGCCGAGGAGGCUGAGCUCCGUGAACAUCACUUUAAAAAGCUCAGCAUUGAUCUGAACAAAGGAGCCGGAGGGAAGGAAAUCCACCUUUGGUACAAAGAGGAAAACUGCUCACCAAUCACCAGGAUCCAGUUUUCCUUCAACACUGAAAUGAGUGAGGGCCUGAACUCUGCAGGCUACCGCAAGGUGGACAAAAACCUCAAUGCUGGAACGGGUGGAGAUGAGAUCUACCUGUGGUACUAUAAGGGUUCCUCAGUGUAUGAUAUCCCCAUUGUGAAAGUUGAUGUCUCUACUGACGAUGAAGCCCAGAAGUUUAAGUUUGGUUGGGAGCGGAUGACCUGUGAUCUGAACCGAAAUACUGGAGGACACUGGAUCUACCUGUGGCUGCAGAGAGAGAAACAGGUGUACGUCUGUGACAUCACUGCCACUGAUUCCUCUGCAGGUGACCAAGAGUACUUUGAGAACGGUUACAUUCGAGUGGAUGAAAACACCAACAGAGGUGCAGGAGAGGCCAGCAUCUUCAUCUGGUACCGUCUGACCACCGACCCAAAGGGAGGCCUCACAGAUCUGCAGAUUUCCACCAAUGAUAAAGAGUAUGAGAACCUUCAAAACGGUAACUACCAACCAGUCAACCAGGAUCUCAACGAGGGGACCCAAGGAAACGAUGUGUUUCUGUGGUACAACAAGGCCGACUGCAACUCCCCAAUCAAAACCAUCACUGUAAUCUUCAACAAGGAGCUGGUGGAGCCGUUUCAACAAGCCGGGGUCCAUGUUUUUGAUAAAAGCCUAAACUCAGGCAAUGGCUCUGGCUGCUGGCCUGCAACCCAGAUGUUCCUGUGCUUUUAUAAGUGAGUUGUCAUGGUAACAGAUCUGAGCAUCAUCAGCAAAACUAAACGAAAACAAAAAGUUUAAUCAGUUUGGUGAUAGUUUUUCUCCUUCUGAAACAACAUUUUCAACUCUGUGAUCUCUGUGGUUUGAUUCUA